AUGCGAUUGCGAGUCUCCAUUGCGUCCGUUGCGGUAGCAGUGGCCGUCGUGUCACUCGCGACCACGCGAGUCGUUGAGGCCCGACCGAUGCACGCGGCCAUUGUGUCGAAAUACCACCGGUACCUUGAGGAAAAGGACCAGGUGCAGGCCGAGCUGGACGAGUGGCUCACCGAGUAUGGAGCAGGCGGCCGCAAGCACGGGUACAUUCCAGUCACCGAGUCCCGCAGCACGGAAGACGAGCUUGAAGACCAGCGCCAGCGGUUCUACAUGUCCAAGCAGCUGGCCAAAGAAGCGCGCGCGGCGAACCCCAUGGCUGAAUUCGGGACGCAGAACCCAUUUACGUUGAUGACCAUGGACGAGUUCCAGCAGUUCUUGCAAAACUCGCACCUCAAUGCCCGUAACAAGACAGAGACUUCGCGCACUGCAAAGCCCAAAGACCCGCGGCGAGCAAAGACCCCCUGGCCAACCCGUUCGUCGUCCGAGCGCGAGGACGACGAGGGAAACGGUCGGGACGAGACGGAGGACGGCACGCGACGACGGGCGUCAAAGCCGGUGACGGAACGUUCGAGAGCAGAGCCUUCGGACGGUCGUCGGCUUCGUGAGGCACAGAGUAGUCAGUUUUCGCUUCAAUUAGGAGGCAUCAGCAUGAACGGCGGGGACUACGGGUUCAGGAGUACGGCUGAUGGCAGCACGCAGUCCACCGAGCAGACAGAUCUCUCUGGAACGGAUUUCAGCGAUAGUCCCGGCAGCAGCGGUACGAGCGGCGACAACACGAACGGCGGGUGGAACUUCGGAGCAGUGUCGAUUGGGGACGGGGCUCAAGUCGCUCCAGUCUCCGAGAGCAACACUGAUAGUAGUAGCCCGAGUUGGUGGGGAUCGCAUACGUGGGGUGGCACAAGUUGGUGGGGUACGGCGGGAAGCGGCGACUCGAAUGCUGGCGCCCAUUCUGGCACAAAUUCGUGGGGCACGGCAGGAAGUGGCGACUCGAAUGCUGGCACCCACUCUAUCACGAGCUGGUGGGGCAUGGGGGGAGGCGGAGGCUUGAAAGCUGACGCCAAUGCCAACACUAACACGAACAAUGCUGGCACAUGGACCUUCAAUUCCGAUGGCGGAGACACAAAUGCUGGUACGUGGACAUUCAAGCCAACGCAACCGUCCGACUCGAGUCCGCAGGAGACCAUAGCAAUAAACCCGCAGUGGACUAUCGAUCCGAACUCGCAGAUAACUCCAGCACCGGACUCGCAGUGGACGCCAGCACAGGACACACAGUGGACGCCUGCAUUGGACUCGCAGGAGUCUUUGGCUUCGAAGUCACAAGAGACUGCAGCAUCAGACUCGCAGGAGACUGCAGCGUCAGACUCGCAGGAGACUUCAGCGUCAGAGUCGCAGGAAGCUUCGACCUCGAAGUCAGGAGAGACCCCUGCACCAGAGUCGCAGGAGACUGCAGCGUCAGACUCGCAGGAGACUUCAGCGUCAGAGUCGCAGGAGACCCCAGCACCAGAGCCGCAGGAGACCCCAGCACCAGAGUCGCAGGAAGCUUCGAAUCCGGAGCCGCAGGAGAUUUCAGCACCAGAGUCACAGGAGACCCCAGCAUCAGACUCGCAGGAGACUGCAUCUUCGGCUUCAUCGAGCUACCAGCGGCGGAAACCUUCGUCUUCCGACAGCGAGCCGGCUGCUGCACAGGAGCCUGCAGAUGAUGAAUCGGCGAGAGCUCCGUCGAGUCCGUCAGCCUCGUCACGUGCUACCGAUCGUGCCCCGGCGUCUGAUCCUGCGCGUGAAUCCACACCGGUGCCACGACGGGAGCCUGCAGUUGCUCCUGUCAGUCAAACCGACGAGUCCACUGUCAGUGCUUCAACGAGUGCGAGUGCAGCGGGCGCGAGUCCAAGUGCUGACGCAGACGCUGUGGACUGGAGCACGUCUCCUUGCGUCCACGCUCCUACGCUGCAAGGCCAGUGUGGCAGUUGCUGGGCGUUCGCCUCCAUCAGUGCACUGGAAGCCGCUCAGUGCAUUCGCAAUGGGGACAAGAACGCGUCCGAGUAUUCCAAGCAGCAGCUCGUGAGCUGCGAUACCAAGAACUUUGGCUGCAACGGUGGCGCGCCCGUGUACGCGCUCGAGUACCUCCGGGACAAUGGCGUCUGUACCGAGAGCAGCUAUGCGUACACGUCCAUCGAAGGCGGUCAACCAGCUGCGUGUGCCAAGUCGUGCACGCCCGUCAAGUCCGGUAUCAAGGAGAUCAAGAAGAUCGAACAGGGCGACGAGCGCGCGUUGCUCCGAGCCGUGCAGCAGCAGCCCGUGAUUGCGUCCGUCGUGUCCAACAACGCCGUCUGGAAGCAGUACAUCAGCGGUGUGAUCACUUCGUGUCCGCCGGCGCCGAACGUGGACCAUGCGACGCUCGUGGUCGGCUACGAUGCCACGACGAUCAAGAUCAAGAACUCGUGGGGUACCGAGUGGGGCGAAGAGGGCUACGUGCGCGUGAGUCGCACUGCAAGCGGCAUGGGGACAUGCGACGUGCUCAAGGACAUGUCGUACCCGGAAUUGUAA